AUGUCUCCAUAUCAGUUGAUUUAUGGUAAAGCUUGUCAUUUGCCUGUAGAGUUAGAACACAAAGCAUUGUGGGCACUGAAAGCUUUAAAUUUAGACUGGUCAAAAGCUUCAAGGGAGAGAGUAGAGCAGCUGAACGAACUGGAUGAAUUGAGACUCAGAUCAUAUGAAAGUUCAGUCAUCUAUAAAGAGAAGAUGAAGAAAUGGCAUGAUGCUCGGAUACUCAAGCGAGACUUCAAGGUAGGAGAUUGGGUUUUGCUAUACAACUGGCGACUUAGACUUUUCCCCGAAAAGCUCAAAUCCAAAUGGUCUGUACCAUUUAAAGUCACGCGAGUGUUCGUCAAUGGUGCCAUAGAAGUUGAAGAUCAGGAAGGACCUACAUUUACAGUGAACGGUCAACGUUUGAAAUUGUAUCUAGGGGAUUGUCAAGAGAUUUCGUUGGUUGAAGUGGUGAAAGUACGCGAAUGUUUGAAAAAGGAAAAUAAAGGAUGGCAAACAAUAGAUCCUAUCGACUAG